AGGUUCUGACGAAGGAAAACAUUGCGGAACCUAUGCGAGAAAUUAGGAGAGCUCUUUUAGAAGCAGAUGUAAGCCUGCCUGUUGUGAGAAGGUUUGUCCAGGCUGUAAGUGAUCAAGCUGUUGGUGUAGGCCUGAUUCGAGGAGUGAGACCAGAUCAACAAUUAGUCAAGAUCGUGCAUGAUGAACUUGUGAAAUUGAUGGGCGGAGAGAUCUCUGAACUGGUUUUUGCAAAAUCUGGCCCCACUGUGAUAUUAUUGGCGGGUCUACAAGGUGUGGGAAAGACGACUGUUUGUGCAAAGCUUGCUUUCUAUCUCAAGAAACAGGGAAAGAGUUGCAUGCUUGUUGCUGCUGAUGUAUAUAGGCCUGUUGCAAUCGAUCAACUUGUUGUUUUGGGUGAACAGGUGGAUGUGCCUGUUUAUACAGCAGGAACUGGCGUAAAACCUUCAGAAAUAGCUUGGCAAGGUCUGGAGGAGGCCAAAAAGAAGAGCACAGAUGUGGUCAUAGUGAAUACUGCUGGAAGGCUUCAGAUAGACAAAGCAAUGAUGGGUGAAUUGAAGGAAGUGAAGAAGGCAUUGAAUCCUACAGAAGUUUUUCUUGUGGUGGAUGCAAUGACUGGCCAAGAGGCUGCAGCUUUGGUCAUGACAUUCAAUCUUGAGAUUGGAAUUACUGGGGCCAUACUAACAAAGCUCGAUGGAGAUUCUAGGGGUGGAGCUGCUCUAAGUGUUAGAGAGGUAUUAGGGAAGCCAAUCAAGCUUGUAGGACGAGGAGAGUGUGUGGAAGACCUUGAACCUUUACCAGAUCGUAUGGCUGGGCGAAUCUUAGGAAUGGGUGAUGUUCUUUCAUUUGUUGAGAAGGCACAAGAAGUUAUGCGCCAAGAGGAUGCGGAAGAAUUGCAAAAGAAGAUAAUGAGUGCUAAAUUUGACUUUAAUGAUUUCCUAAAGCAGACCCGUGCUGUUGCACGGAUGAAUUCGAUGACCCGAGUUAUUGGAAUGAUCCCAGGCAUGGGGAAGGUCACUCCUGCACAAAUUCGGGAAGCAGAGAAGAGCUUAAAGAUAAUGGAAUCAAUGAUAGAUGCAAUGACACCAGAGGAGAGGGAAAAGCCUGAACUGUUGUUUGAGUCCCCUGUGGGAAGAAAAAGAGUUGCUCAAGAUUCUGGGAAAACAGAGCAGCAGGUAAGUCAACUUGUUGCCCAACUUUUCCAAAUGCAAGUUCGAAUGAAGAAUUUAAUGGGAGUAAUAGAGGGAGGAUCAAUUCCUGCAUUCAGUAAUCUUGAAUAGGCACUUAAAGCCGACGAAAAGGCACCCCUGGGUGCUGGAAGGAGGAAAAAGAGUUCAGAGUCUAGGAGGCAAUUUGCAGAUUUUGCACCUUCAAGGCCGAGUCCACCUGGUUUUGGAACUAGGACUUGAGACUUCUCUUCUAAUUGU